AUGGACCUCAUUAAGUCCCCCAAAAUUAAGUGUAUUGUGUCUGCUGCAGGGUCCGUGCUCCGUCCUGCUGGAGCAGCUCCAGCCUGUCUUGUCGUCCCAGUCAGAACCAAGAGGAGGUUUUCUGUCCCUGAAUGGGCCAGGGAACUGUCCCCUGAAGAGAAGGAGAGGAGACUCAGGUCUUUGGGGCCGAUGUUCCCUGAUGAACGGAUAGAACGGACCUUUUACUUGGCCAGCACAGCUGAAAUUAUAGACCCUUAUGUCCCUCCUGAGGGCGAUGCCCGCUUGACUUCCCUGUCCAAAGAUGGGCUCAAGCAAAAGAUGGAGAAGCUGAAGCAAAGUGCAGCCUCCCAGCUGGCCCUGCGGAAGAUAAAAGAUCAUGAUCCAGAUUUCAGCACCAAAACCUUCCCAGAGAAGGCCCAGGAGAUAUUUAUUGAAGCUCACAACUGCCUGGCAAACUUUAACAAGCAGAAGCUUCACUCCCUGGUGACUGAGCGUUGCUACCCGGAGAUGGUCCGUGGGAACAGGUACAGGACCAUCAGGUGGAGCUUCCUGGAGUCCCUGGAGCCUCCCCGGGUGGUUCACGUCCGGUGCGACAGCGUCAUCAACCGAGGCAACCUGUAUGGCCAGGUGACAGUGCGGAUGCACACCCGGCAGAUUCUGGCCAUUUACGACCGGUUCGGGCGGCUGAUGUACGGGGGGGAGCAGCUCCCCAAGGAUGUGCUGGAGUAUGUUGUGUUUGAGAGGUACCUGGUCAAUCCUUAUGGCACCUGGAGGAUGCAUGGGAAGAUUGUUCCAGAGUGGGCUCCACCCAAGGAGCCCAUCAUUAAGACGGUGAUGAUUCCUGGCCCAACCGUGGAUCCCUCACAAGAGCACAAAGAAGCAAAGUAG